GCCUUUUUCCGGGUACGUCGUCCCCCACAGCAACGCGCUUGGUUGUGAGAACCCCGGCAGAAGCGCGCAUAGUCACAAUACUGACAGACGUGACAUAAGUCGAAGAAAGAUGGAGCACGGAGGCACAGACUUCAAUAUAUUGCUCGCGACCGAUUCGUACAAGGUCACACAUUACAAGCAGUACCCGCCCAACACCAGUAAAGUGUACUCGUACUUCGAGUGUCGCGAGAAGAAGACUGAUCCCUCCCGGAUCAGGAAGGUGAAAUAUGAGAGAACGGUGUUCUACGGCCUGCAGUACAUCCUGCACAAAUACCUGAAAGGGAAGGUUGUGACCCCGGAGAAGAUUAAGGAGGCGAAGGAGGUGUACCGGGAGCACUUCCAGGAUGACGUUUUUAACGAGAAAGGCUGGAACUACAUCCUGGAGAGGCACGAGGGGCGGCUGCCCAUCGAGAUCAAGGCUGUGCCGGAGGGCAGCGUGAUCCCCCGCGGGAACGUCCUCUUCACCGUGGAGAGCACCGACCCGGAGUGCUACUGGCUCACCAACUGGGUGGAGACCAUUCUGGUGCAGAUCUGGUACCCCAUCACCGUGGCGACCAACUCACGGGAGCAGAAGAAGAUUCUGGCGAAGUACCUGCUGCAGACGUCCGGCAGCCUGGAGGGUCUGGAGUACAAGCUGCACGACUUCGGCUACAGAGGGGUCUCCUCACAGGAGACUGCAGGCAUCGGGGCCUCUGCACACCUGGUGAACUUCAAAGGCACGGACACGGUGGCCGGGAUCUGCGUGAUAAAGAAGUACUACGGCACCAAGGACCCCGUGCCCGGGUUCUCUGUGCCCGCAGCAGAGCACAGCACGAUCACCGCCUGGGGCAAGGACCACGAGAAGGACGCCUUCGAGCACAUCAUCAAGCAGUUCCCCUCCGUCCCCGUGUCCAUCGUCAGCGACAGCUACGACAUCUACAACGCCUGCGAGAAGAUCUGGGGCGAGGACCUGAGGAGCCUGGUGGAGGCCCGCAGCGCGCAGGCCCCCCUGGUGGUCCGGCCCGACUCCGGGGACCCCCUGGACACGGUCCUGAAGGUCCUGGAGAUUUUGGGGAAGAAGUUCACCCCAACGGAAAACAGCAAGGGGUACAGGGUCCUGCCCCCCUACAUCCGGGUCAUCCAGGGGGACGGCGUGGACAUCAACACCCUGCAGGAGAUCGUGGAGGGGAUGAAGCAGCACAGGUGGAGCAUCGAGAACAUCGCCUUCGGGUCGGGCGGCGCCCUGCUGCAGAAGCUGACCCGGGACCUGCUCAACUGCUCCUUCAAGUGCAGCUACGUGGUGACCAAUGGGCUGGGGGUGAACGUCUUCAAAGACCCGGUGGCGGACCCCAACAAGCGGUCGAAGAAAGGCCGGCUGUCGCUGCACAGGACCGCGGGCGGAGAGUUCGUCACGCUGGAGGAGGGCAGGGGCGACCUGGAGGAGUACGGAGCGGACCUGCUGCACACCGUGUUUAGGAAUGGAGACAUCUUGAAGAUGUACUCUUUCGACGACGUCCGAGACCAUGCCAGCCUGAAGAAGUGUGAGCUGGAGGAGCUUCUCCAGUGACCUGCGCCACGUCCAAAACCCCCCAAAACCCUGCACCCCCAAAACCCUGCACCCCCUAAACCUCUUCCCCUCUCUUCCCCUCCUCCCCUCCCCUCCCCUCUCCUCCUCUCCUAAGGCACUAUUCUCCAGUGGAGUGGAGGCCCACGCCCUGACCCGGGCCCAAGCGCUCACGGCGGGUUCACUGGGGCACAAAUGCACUGCGUUCCGUGUACAGAGCUGUUCUAUGUUUCAGAUUCCACAGUCUGUUGUGCUUUGUUGUGUAUUUGUUUAUCAUUGGGCACAUCUCAAGUUAUUAUUCCAUGACAUUAGGACUUCCUCUAUUGUACAUAAAGCAACACCUAUGUUCAGCACACCCACUUGAGGUGAGGAGGGGGUUAGGAAGAAGCGCACGUUUAUUUAACCAGAGCACAAGCAGGCAUUGCUCACAGACUGCAGCUUGUGAGAGGGGGCUCCCUUAUCUUUUUGCCGCCUAGUGGUAGGUAAAGGUACUGCUGUAACUUUAAGAGAGCCCGUCACUCAUGCAGGUAGCCAAACAGUAGUGCGCGCAGGAUGAGGCCUUUUUGGCCCGUUUCAGUCUCCGUCGUAAAUAGUUCGGCUCGCGAAGCUACAAAUCCUCGUUAAAUUGUUGUUAACCGCGUUGGCUGAGUGUGAGCGUUGUGUGUGUGUGUGUGUGUGUGUGUGUGUGUGUGUGUGUGUGUGUGUGUGUGUGCGCGUGCGCGUGCGCGUGCGCGCGCGUGUGUGUGUGUGUGUGUGUGAAGCAAAAUUCCGUACCGAGGAUCCCAGUGGAUGUCCUCUAUGCAAAUGAAAUCGUUUAUUUGGGCAAGCACGUUUAUUUUUCUGCAGAUUGUUUGCCUUCUGUUUUCAAAAAGUGGACAUUUUCCUUCCGAAUGCCAAAUGCGGAUCUCGAAAAGGCCAGUGCUGCGGAGGUGCAGGGACAGUCGACAAGAAUCGAUCAACUAUAUCUAUGGAAACGGGAAUGCCAGCUGCUUUUUGUACAUAUUUGUUUAUGAAUCAAAGUUUUCUUUAAUUUGGAAAAACUGGCUGCUUUAGGGUGUGCCUUAAAAAAAAAUCAUAUUACUGCUGUUUGAUUUAAUGCUUUUGUGAAUUAUUAAUGACAGUAGAUGUCAUUGUUUUUUUUUUUCUGAAAUGGGUCCAGAACUGGAAAGGUAUCAGUGAGUGUUCUAUGUUGUGCGUGGCAACUGAUUAAAUGUGAACUGGCAGGUCAGCAAGAACAGAUAUAAUUUUUUUCUGUCAAAACUCAUUUUAUACCACUAUAAAAUCAUCUUGUACAAUACUGUGUGAAUGAUGUGAAUUGAUUGAUACUGCUUUUGAAGAUUUUAUAUGUGGCUGUUUUUUGCUUCCCAAAUUACAUUUUGAAAGGCUAAUAUUGUAGGAAAUUGUGAGAUUGUCAAAAUGAUCACGAUCUGUUUGGUAAAAUGCAUUCCCUUUUCUAGACGCUGUGAUUUUUUUUUUUUUUUAACUACAACAUUUGUCCGUCCUGCUCCACUACAUUUAAUCUGAUUGUGACAUUUUUAAGAAAAGUGUGUGCUAGACAUGCAUGUGUGAUCGUUUAAAUAAAAAGCACUAUCAAUCAGAUGGA